GCGCCGUCGGGAACAAGAAAGAAGAAGAAAGCACACGGCCGAGAGAGCCGAGCGAGAGAGAUCAAAGAGAAAAGUGAAGUGUCGUGGCUCGGUGUUCCGAAGCGAGCGUGCGUCCGUCCGAAGCAGGGUUGCUGGAUGCGCGUCGGACGUGCGGGAUGUCGCUGGAGACGCGCAACAACUCGGCGCUGUUCAAGCGGGCUGAGCAGCUGAAACAAUGGGAGGAAUCAAAGACCAAUGCAGAGUCAACGAUGCCGAAGCGAGGAGAGCGCAGGAAGGUGCGCUUCUCGGCCGGCUGCGUCUUCCUGGCCGCCUGCGCCGCCGGAGACCUUGACGAGGUUGACCGUCUGCUUGGUGCCGGGGCCGACAUUGACACGGCCAACGUAGACGGCCUCACCGCCCUGCACCAGGCGUGUAUUGACGACAACCUAGAGAUGGUUGAGUUCCUGGUGAAACGCGGCGCCGACGUAAACCGCGGCGACAACGAGGGCUGGACCCCGCUGCACGCGUCGGCCUCGUGCGGCUUCAAGAGCAUCGCCCGUCUGCUGAUCGAGAAGGGCGCGGACGUGGCCGCCGUCAACAACGACGGCGAACUGCCCGUCGACAUUGCCGAGUCGGACGAAAUGGAACUUCUCCUGCUCAGCUUCGUCAACGCCAAGGGAAUAGACUGUGAUGCGGCCAGGAACAAAGAGGAGAACCUUAUGCUGGCCGACGCCAAAGAGUGGCUUAAAGCAGGGGAGAUCUGUGACCAGCCGCACCCCAAGACUGGCGCCACUGCACUGCACGUGGCCUCUGCCAAGGGAUACAUCCAAGUCAUGAAAAUGCUUUUGCAAGCAGGAGCUGACGUGAACGGGCAAGACUCGGACGGCUGGACACCUCUGCAUGCUGCGUCUCAUUGGGCGCAGAAGGAUGCUUGUCAACUACUCAUUGACAACUUGUGCGACAUGGAAGUCAAGAAUUUUGUUGGUCAGACGGCGGAGGACAUUGCUGACCCAGAGGUGCUGAGCAGUUUGCAGGAGAUGAAGAAGAACCAGGCGGCGCUGCUUAAAAACCGGCCUGUGCUGCCAGCCAAGCGCUCGGGUAGCAGGACGACCACGCCAGGCAAGCGCCGCUCUAUGGAUGUCAUUAUUCUGACCGAGGUCGCAGCGCCCGCUGAUGACAAUAGAAAUAGCCCUAAUGAGAAUCUGGACAACAGGGGCGUCGAGGAGUCGCAAACCAACGAGCUGUCGGAAGAGUCUGUCAGUACGACUGGCACUUCAGAAGAGAGUGAGUUAGAGGAUUUGCCAAUGUCAUGUGAUGAAGAUGUAAGGAAUCGUGUAAAUGGCGCAGAUGUUACCCAGCUCUCUGCACCCAAAAGUCCUCCAAAGCCGCCAACAGACUUGGAAAUUGGAGGCAUCCCCUCGUGGAGAAGAUCUGGUUCUGCAAGAUCGAGAAAUGGAGAAAGAUCUCAAAGGGCAACUGACCAAAGUGGAGCUCAGGAAGUUGUUUUGCGACGGACAGCGAGCUUGGAUGAAGCAAAAGAGGCAAAAGAUCCAGUAUCUCCCACAUUGCUGCCUGGACUGGGCCAAGUGCGCAGUCUGUUGGGAUCGUCCUCAGUGCCCGUCACUCCAACCCAGAGCGGCAGCAAACUUAGUCCAGGCAAUAUCUUCAAAAACUUGUUUAAGUCGUUUGUGCCACCGGUCCGGGACGAGGAGAGCGAGACGCAGCGCAAGGCGCACGCCAAGCGGGUGCGUGAAACGCGGCGCUCGACGCAGGGUGUCACCCUUGAGGAGAUCAAAACGGCCGAGCAGCUCGUCCGCAAGAAGCACCAGCAGAGUUCAAGCCCGGCCGAGACGUCGGCCAGUACGACCGUGACCGCCGCUCCCUCACAGCAGGCCCCUCAGCAGCAGCCGCAGCCCCCACCGCCCCCGGCAAUCGGCAAAAGCGCCGCCGUCGCCGAAUCGGCCAAGUCUGAGAGGCGUCCCAGCUGGCGACUCCAGCUCGACCCUUCCGGCUCUAAGUUCCUGCUCGAGGACGCUAGCGGCGAGCCCAAGCGGAGCGGCCCCGCGGCGGCGCCGCCUGACGCCAGCGUCACGGUCGCCUUGCGUAAAGGGGUCGCCAAACCUGCUUUACCAGCGCACGAUGACAAAGAACAAGAUAAGGAGAAUGACAGCAGAAAUGCCCAGGCGACGCAAGCGGUCAUCCAGCGUCGUCGCCGUCCAAAGAGACGCUCCACUGGUGUCGUCCACGUUGACAUGGAUGAUAUCGAUCCAGAGAGGCAGGAGUCCGGCUCGGAAGGCAAUCGUGCCGAAGAUUAUGAGCGCCCCAGUCAAAGUAUGAGACUUGCCGCACAGGAGGAUGAGGUUUCACCUCUAGAAAAUGGCGAAGUUGACUAUAAAAAGUUGUACGAGGAAAUGCGCCUCGAGAAUGACAAGUUGCAAAGUCGGUUGAAGAAGUUUGAGGAGGAAUUUAAGGACACCUCGUCGGUCAGACUUGGGAGUCUGUCGUCAUUGUCAGAGACUGAGAAGCGGGAGCGUCGAUCUAUGGAAAGGAAGCUGGCGGAGAUGGAGGAGGAGCUCAAGCUGUUGUUUUGCUCUCCGUGUUCGCAGCAAUUUCAAAAGCUGAAAGCGGAGAAUGAAAAGCUGAGAGCGGAAAAUAGGGCUUUAACUAGGGUUGUCUCCAAAUUAUCGACCACUCCAAAUAAACCCACAUAAAACCAAUCGUUUCAAAAACAGUCCCCACCGCCUUUUACGAUGGAGAACUUGAAAAAGGAAAAUCAAAAGCUGAAAGAUGAAAACGGAGCCCUGAUCCGUGUGAUAAGCAAGCUGUCCAAGUGACCAACAAGUGCAGCAGCAACAGCAGCCACGCUUCUCUAUUUUCUUAGGAUGGUCGCCGUCGUUUUUAAAAUGUAGACAACAACUACUUCUCUUGUACAUUACUACAGUGUUAUGAUUAUUAUAACUAUGGUCAUUUUGUUUCCGCUUUUGUAGACCUGCCGCCGCAGCGCGCAUUUUAUCUGGUCAUUUUUGUUCGCGCCUCUCUGCCAUCUCUAAAAAUCGUACUCUAAUUAUUUGUAUAUUUAGCUAUUAAUGUGAUAUGUAAUUUGUCCCACGUGCCGCGCUAACUCGAAUCGUUCGUUUUACUAACUCCGCAGAAAGUAGUAUUAGCCAUCUCUCUCCCUCUCUAUCCAUCUUUCGCUCUUUUUGUUUGCUUCAUGAGAUUUUUUGAACGCUCUCAUUAUUCUACAUUGUAGAUCAGCACGCGAGCGAGCACCGUCACCUACGCAACUUUUAUUCUCGCACUCGCGUCGCUCGCCGUCUUCAUCAUUUCACUCGAUUUGUAUAAGUAAUCAAUCAAUCAACACAUGAUGUUUAAUUUUUCAUUGAGAAAGAAGAAUCCCUCCAAGACUGUCAACUAUACUUUUAUUUAUUUUGAAAAGUGCCUUUCAUGAUGUAAUAUUGUUACUGUGUCGAUUCUGCAACUCAAAGAUCGUUUCUUACCAAUAAAUCAUUGGAUUUUCAAUUCGUUAUAAAA